ACGAAUUUCAUCUUUUCUCGAAAUCAAAUUUACAAGGCCGAAUGUUAGCUCUCUCACGUUUUAUUCGGUAUAACGGAAAAUUAUACUCAACAUUAAAUGGUGCAAAAUGUAAUAUAAUGUAUUUUUGUGUAACGGUGCACAAAAUAAUAAUAAACGGUUUAUAUUCCAGAAAUUCGUCCGUAAGUUUGCCCGCCAUUUCGAAACUAAUCAGGAAGCGUCAAUUUGAGCAGGACUUACUUUGGCAUUUCAACAAGAAGAGCAGAUAAAUAUAUUGAUGAUAAAUAGAAGCUGUACACAUCCAGCUAGUAUUAUGCAAGAGUAGAUAAAAUACUGUACUAGAAAUAAUUUCACUAUUUUGUAUUGUAUUCAUAAUACUGUAAACUGCAUUAAAAAUGGAAAGCAAAGUGAAUAUUGACAUUUUCAAGUCAGAUAGUCUGAUUAUCAAAAAUUAUCUCAAGACAACUUUACAGUCCCUUCAGAAGAAACAUAAAAACCUGUCACUGAAAAGAGUUCAGUACUUGGAAGAAUCCUUUAGUGAUGUACUUGAUUCCUACAAAGGCAAUGUACAAGAACUUGAGGCACUUAUAAGAGCUAUAACACCACAUACAUUCAAUGAUCAUACCAUGUGCAAAACAGCUUGGUGUCUUGAAUUACAAAAAAAUGUCAGUCAGAAAAAUGAAAUCAGUUUCAGUAAAAGACGUCUCAUCAUGGAUUUAAAACACACAUUCUCUACCUUGUUUCACAAAUUAAUUGCACUUAUAAAGUUUUCUCAGAAUGUGAAUAAAGAAACAAAUAAUAUAAAAAUAUUGCCAAAUGAUAAUCCAAAUUUACAGAUAGAGAUCCAUCCACAUCAGCUAACAAAUGCCAUUAAGAAUAAGGAACUUAAUGCUGUAAGCAAUCAUGCCGUUCAGGACAGAGAAACGUUGAAUCUCUCUGCCUCAACAGGUAAUGUACAGGGCGCUGGUAAGCGCACAUCACAGAACCGGAAAAGGAAUAUGAUUGAAAAAAGUGACUGUGAACCAGUACAGAAGAAAAGUUUCCACAGUAUUCCAGACACUGGAAAAUAUACCACAGAAAAUAAAAGAAAUGAAGUACCCAAUACAACUACAACUACAAAAUGCUCAAAUAAAACCAAAUGCACAAAGAAGAAGAAGCCAAAGCCACAGGAAAUGGAUAUAAAUGAUUUGAAGAGUCAUACCACGGUCUUCUUUGACUUGGAGACCACAUCUCUUAUGGUUGACUGUGAUAUUGUACAGAUUGGUGCAAUAGACAACAAUGGGGAAUUCAACACUUAUGUGAUACCAAAUAAAAUGAUAGACCCAGGAGCUUCAGCCGUUACAGGUUUAACUUUUGAACAUCGCAUGUUGAAAUACAGAGGGAAACCUGUACAUGCAGUUAGUCGUUCAGAAGCACUGCACAAAUUCCUGGAGUGGCUACAGUUAAGGUCACCUGCUGUUUUGUAUGCCCAUAAUGCUUCCUUUGAUUACAGGAGAUUAUUUUUGGCAAUUAAAGAGGAAAAUAUGGUUGAUAUUUUUAAACAACACAUAUUGGGUUUUGUAAAUACAAUAGCUCAGUUUAGGGUAAUAUUCCCAAAGCUCCCAAACUAUAAGCAAAGUACAGUAGUGGAGAUGGUACUUAAAAAAUCAUAUGAAGCUCACAAUGCUUUGGGAGAUGUGAGAGCUUUAAAGGAACUGUACAAUAUUUCCAAAUCAGAUGUCAUAUCUAAGGGCUCAGUUACCUUUUCCUCAGCUUAUGACAUUUGGUUGUAUAAUCUUUAUGGUCAGAUAUAAGCUGUGGCCUUUUGAUGGAAAUGUAUCUUUUAACCAUAAGUAAUUGCAAGGUGUUUUGUAUGUAUUAUGUUUUGACAUGUUCUGUUACAGAUAAGAAUGAAAUAGUUGUAUUACACCAGAAUAUUAGCUGUUUUGAGGUGUUAGUAAUUUUUAAUAUUAAUUUAAAAAUAUAUGUUUUCCAUUUAAAAUGACUGUUUACCAUUAAAGGACAUGCAGGCAAUAUAUAACUCAAAUAGAAUUGACACUUAUAUGAGAUUAUAUUUUAACAGGAAGCAUCUAGUCUCAUUAUUUUAUUAUAAUCUAUAAUGGUAAUAAUUGAUUUGGUUAGCAACUAUUGCAUAUUUAUUCUAUUUCAAAUAACUUGAUGCUGCUGGAGAUGAAAUGUAUGGAUAUACUAUGCCUGUUGUGAGUUUAGUUUAUUAAUUGUCUAUACACAUGACUGGCUCCACAAGUGCUUAAUCACCUACCUAUAUCACCUGUUUACCCUUUUCCUUGAUUUUUGGAAAUAUUUUAUUUUGUCUUGUACUGCUAUUAGUAAUAUUAAUAACAUUAUGAUGUCUAGAAUAAUAAUGGUAGUAUUGAUAUUGAUAACAUUAUUAAAAAAGUAUGAUGAAAACUCCAGGAAAAGUGAAAUCAGGCAAGGUUAUGAGGUCUUCUAAUUGAUUCCUUGGUGGCUAAGCCCUUGUGGAACCAUCCAUAAUUUUUGGGACAUUUCACAAAACAUUACGACAGUGAUCACCACAUCUUCGUGGCGGCAUUGGGUGAAGUAUAUAUAUUUAGAGGUGUAUCACAUGAAAUGCUUUUAAUAUAUGAAUGUAAAGAUAGCCAUCAUCGGACAGGAAUAAUAAAUUAUGACAUUUUGAGUCAAACUGGACUCAUUGUUAGACAUUUCUAGUCUUAUUCGUAGAUAUAUCCUGUUUUUCUCUUAUGGUGACUGUGUUUAAUUUGAUUUUAGUGUAUUGUCUAUGCUACUGUAGUUGUAUAUGCUCAAUUCUGAUGUAUUUUGUAUAAGGUUACCUGCAGCAUAUAGACCAUUUGUUUAAGUGGAAGUAAUAAAAGAUGAGACCACCAAAUGAAUUCUUUCAUACACAUAAAAUAGCAAGUGCCUUAUUUUAAACUGAAAUAUUUGCCUUAAAUGUAUAAUGUAUCCUUUAUACAAUUUAUCAACCAAAGUUUGUGUGCAAUAGAGUACAUAUAUUCUCUUGUAUAUUUUUUUAAUGGUUGUCAUUAUGUAAUGUAUUAUGUGUUGUUAGCUUAACAAAAAAUAUAAUGGUUGCACAGUAUAUAUAGAAUAAAAAGAAUUAUAAUUAUAGAGCACGAAUUUGGUUAUUUUCUUAUUCCCUGUAAGUGUGGAUAUUGAUAGCUAAAGUAAUAAAUAACAUGC